AUGGCGGCAGACGGCCCGGACCCGAAACCAUGCCGCCUACUUGUAACAGAUAGGCAAACAAAAGUUCGGUACCUCAUCGACACGGAAUCGGACAUAAGCGUCUACCCGCGCUCGAUGGUACGCGGACGGAUGUCCGGAGCAACGCAGGCCCUAUUCGCAGCUAAUGGUUCACUCAUCCACACUUAUGGAUGGAUCGCGCUUCAACUCAACAUCGGAUUAAGGCGCGCCUUCCAAUGGAAGUUCAUAGUGGCUGACGUCACGCAGUCAAUCAUAGGAUCCGAUUUCCUUGGCUACUUCCACCUUCUGCCGGAUGUACGAAAGAGUAAGCUAUUGGACGCAACAACCGGAUUGGCUACAAACAGCUUCCAAAGCAGAACUGGACAAGCAUCAAUCAAAACAUUGUUACAGGAAACAGCUUUCCACGCCUUAUUGGCUGAAUUUCCGCAGCUCACUAACCCGACCGGAAAGACGGAAUCCGCGCCGCACUCAACGAUGCGUUACGUCGAGACCAGGUCCACCGGAAGCGUGCAGGCCGAGGAGACUGGCGCCGGAAAAACUCAAAGAGGCUAA